CCUCCCUUUAAUUUACUAUUAUUUAUAUGACCAUGUUGUCUGCUGUUAUGCCACCUGUUUCUUCUUUUGACCCGGCUCUUGACAACCCGUUUUCGGCUUUCGAAUCCGGGUUUACCCCAUGGGACUUCUCGGGGUCGGACCUCUUUUCUCCCAUGCACUCCCCAUCUCCUAAACCCGUGGAAUCCAACUCCGGUUCCGAUGACCCUACCCCUAAACACACAGCUACCAAGUUGAAGUCAAGCUCCGAUGGAACAGCUGGUUCGACCAAGACGGUGUCGGUGGUGGACGAAAGGAAGUUGCGGCGUAUGGUGUCCAACCGGGAAUCGGCCCGCCGGUCCAGGAUGCGGAAACAGAAGCACCUGGAGAACCUACGGAACCAGUUGAACCGGCUAAGGAUGGAAAACCGGGAAUUCUCCAACCGGUUACGGUUCGUCGCGUAUCACUGCCAACGCGUGCGUAAUGAAAACGAUCGGCUUCGAUCGGAGCACACCUUACUCCGACAAAAGCUGUCGGAGAUACGACAAAUCUUGCUCCUCCGGCAGGUCCAACAGUUGUCUUCCUUUGCUUGGCCGUGCAAUUCAACCGCCGCCAGUACAGUGACCAGUAUUAACGAACAAUUUACAGCACCAUUAAUCAGUAAUCACGUAAUCUUGAACACAUAAUAAACGGCGUCGCUGGAUCAACUCCUAAAACAAGAACCGAACAAGACCAGAUUCUCUCUUUCAA